CAUUUUGAUAAUAGUUGUUUCUCGUUGGUCUCUAUUAACGAAUUUAUCUAUAUCAAAGUAUAUGGUAUUAUAUAAAAAAGAAACUGCUUGGGAUCCGCAAUAACCGAUAUAAAAUCGUUAUCUCGUUUAAAUUGUGAUAAAAAGGUGUUUCAGAAAAUAUAACUAGUGGUUAUCUAAUCUACUAGGCCUAACCGGAUAAAAACAAAAUAUAAAACCCAUUGCACUUUCAAUUCACCCCAAUCGUCUCAUUCCUCUUGCACAUAUUCGCCCAUUCAUUGUUUGUAUACGCCAGCUGAUUUCUUGUCGGGCUCCUAAUACAAAGCAACUUGUUUUUGCUUUCGUUUCGUUUUGUGCUCAGUUUUUGAGAAACUCUUCAAAGUGGCAUUAGAUUUUUCGGACAUGUUGAAAUUUUUGCUUACGUUCGGUGCUGGUAUAUAUACCGGAAUAUACAUAAGUCAAAAUUAUGAGGUUCCUCGUGUGGAUGAACCCGGAAAAUUGGUCGAGAAGAUAAAAGAAUUUGCCGACGAACACCGAAAAAAAUCGGCAGCAGAGCAGCUCAUGCAUGAUGUGAAGAAGAACGCUAAAAAGCUAAUUGACUAACUUUACUGUCUGCGCGUGAUUUACAUUUACAAUAAUUCAACUUGAUCAAGGUUUUUGUUUUAAAAAUCUAGAAUAUUUCUAUUGUACCACCGAUAUUUUUAUUUGCUUUUUAGUGUUAACAAUGUUCGCAUAUCAUAAGUAUAGACUGUUGAAUACAUGAAAGAAAGUAAACAUGAAGGUUUCACAUUUCAUUUCCGAGUGAUUGCCAUCAACGUCACUUUGAAUUCAAAUUGAAUGGGGGUUGGAAUUCACUCGGAAGUGAAUUUCAGAACCUGCCUAUGUAUUAUAUUGACUUAAAAUUAUCCUAAACAAACGAGACCCCGCCGCCGUAGUACUCUAGCCGCGUUUGUGGUUCUACGAAUGCCAACCAAUCGGAUGCGUGUGUCGGUAAAAGACCCAUGCUGUGACACUUGUACAACGCCACCGCUACGUUUGCCAAAUUACCCAAAAAAUAUACAAGCUUCUGACCGCUGCCUUGAGCUCCAUCAGCCAUCUUCGAUGUUACUGCCGUGGAAAACAUCGCUUUUAGUGGUCUAAUCAACAUCAUGCCGACCAUCAUUAUGGGG